GUCCCGUCCUCAUCAAACACAUGCUAUGAUUGGCCGCAUUGCUCAUUACACGGCUGAUGCCGUGCUCAUCUCGACGGUUCUUGCCGGCGUCAAGAGGCACACAGGCUACACCCCAAACGCAGAUCCCAAUGCUCCAAACCCAAUCCCCUUCGUCUCCGGUCCCAAUGCCUCAAAGUACUUCGGCCACUACCUCGGUGUAGGCGAGUACGUCUACGACCACACAGUAGCUUAUGCACACAAGUCUCCUUACUUCAAGCAAACAAACCCGGCCUUGAACUUGGCUGAGGGAGCGGGGCACGUAGCAGAAAAGCUGAGGGAGGAGGGUAUGAAAAAGGGAGGGCAAUGGUUCUGGGGUAGCGGAGGGGGAGGAGCGGAGGGGAAGGGAAAGUGAGGUGGUGAGGGGACUAGGGAAAUGGGCAGUGAUGAUUGAUUCCCUCUGCUUGGGACGAUGGGGCAGGAUCAUCACACUCACCAAUUAGAUGGUCACACGCCUUUCACGACCGCCAUCACCAUCACCACCAUUACUCGAUCAUUGCUUUUUACGUGUCGCCGCAGCCACUUCCGUAGCUGCAGCCUGCUCUGCGCUUUCAUUCUGUUCACUACGCCCUCAUGCUUUGUAAUACCACCUUGCGCUGCUUCCAG